AUGGAUGCCUACAGUCAAACCAUCUUCAGACUUCUCGGCGCAACCAUUCGAAACGCUGAUGCUCCUUUGGCAUUGAGAGAACAGGCAGCCUACAUAUCAGCGUCGUUCGCGUCUCAUCAAAACAGCUACCGACUCAUGGCUCAGGUCUCUACUCUUUUCAAUGGAGGAGUGAUCCUGCAUGCUUCCCAUAGACUUCUUGGACUCGGCGAGAUUGCAGAAGCCCCUGUUGGUCGUCAUGGUCCCGCCCUUCAAGCGAUUGUGACCGGCCAUCGUGUUAGACCAAACCCUGCCGACUUCGAAGGCCACCCUAUUGAGCUUCUUAGCAUCCUUGAUCCGGCCAUUCAGGCUGGGCUCGCGGGCGAAAAGAUGUUCCAACUGCAUCAAGCUCUCGUGACAAUGGAGAGGAAUGCCAACGAAGACCUUGCUCGCUACACCCGACAGUACGGCUACCACUACAUUUUCAGAGCUGGACUCAGACAGUAUUACAUGACUAAAGCUGUCGCUGAGAAUGUCGUCCUGCUGGAACAAGACCCUCGUGGCCAGGACUAUCGGCUUUUGGCGCAAAGAACCUGCUAUGCUGCAAUCGACCAACGCCCUAACAUGACCAACGUGGAAAAGGAAGUUGUGAUUCGAGCAAUCAAUUGUGUUCCACAAGACGCACACCGAUUCUGGAACUGGUUGGCAACAAACCGCGCGGCUUACCGUGCAAUGAAGGCUUGCAUCUCCCUGCUGGAUAGAGCUCAGUUUCUCCUGGUCAAACAUGAGAAAAUACAAGCUUGA